AUUUCUCGAUUGUCAGCUUGUAAGCUUGUAUAUAUAGGCAAAGCCAAACCACCAGAAGGUAUCAGUUUCCAUUCAGCCAACAAAUUUGUAACGUGUGAUACAAUUUCCAAGAUCUAAAAUCAAAACCAGCAAAAUGAAAUUGUUCAUCGCUCUAUCCGCUUUGAUGGCCGUGGUGGCUGCCGGUGGCGAUCACUAUGAAGAGCAGAAGCACAUCCCCAUAGUACAUAGCGAGUUUGCGCAGAGCAAUGACGGCACCUUCAAGUAUGCUUACGAAUCGGCCAAUGGAAUUGCCAUCCAGGAGGAAGGUCAUGUUAAGAACUUUGGCAGCAAGGAUCAUGAGGCCAACGUUGCACACGGAUCAUACUCGUAUAUCGAUCCCCAUGGUGAAGUAGUUUCUGUGAGCUACGUUGCCGAUGAGAAUGGAUUCCAGGCUCAUGGAUCGCACAUCCCAACGCCACCACCACUACCAAAGGAGCUGGUUGAGGCCUACGCCAAGGUGGGCAGUCAUCCAGAAGCCCAUCACGAGGAACCAGAAAUCUACAAGGGCCAUUAAGAUGAUUUGACAUUGCUAUUGUACACUCAUGAAGAUGUUUUUUUUUAACGAGAAUACACAAAAUGAUAAUGCUCAUAUUAUUUUUUAAAUGUUAUAAGUAACGCUGAUAGAAUUUAUAUCAUCUUAAUUUCUGAAAAUUAGUAAUCUAAUGGAAACUUCUUUUCACUUUUCUCAUACUCAGCUGACCUUAGCUCAUAAGGAAACUAUCACUCUAAAAGAUAUUAAAAAGUUUAAAAUAGUUCACUAAAGGAUUAAUUCCAUUAGUAAGACUGACAUUUCCGAUAUGUAUUUUUAGCUAUUUUUAAAGAAGUAAAUGAAAAAAUCUGUUUUAGAAUAUAUUCCUAGAUUGUGUUGUAAACCAAUGGCAAGUUUUGUUAUUUAAAUAAAACAAGGCUGAUACAAAUAAUAAUUUUCUUUCAUGUCCGAGACCACUU